UGCGUUCAACUCCUGUCGUCUACCAUGAAGUUGAUUGUCGCCCUCGUCGCUGCGUCCGCGGCCGCAUCCAAACAGUCCGUGAGCACCCUGUCGGUGGACCAACGCGACCAGCUGCGCGCCGAGCUGGCCGCGUGGCGCCAAGCGUUUGGGGCCACCGCCGCGGCGGAAGGUCUGUUGCCCCGCGCCACCAAGAGCAUGUCCCCCCUCGACGCCGAACAGGACGCCCUCCAGCGGUUCUACGACAACAAGCUCGCGAUCGAAGAGGCCCGCCGCAACAACCCUGAAGCGACGUUCGACAACAACCACCCGUAUGCCUUGAUGACGCAAGCCGAGUUCAAGAAGUUCGUGGAGGGCGUGUCUCUCAAGGAGGGCGUCGCCUCGGUCCGAUCGCUCCCCGCGGCCGACCUCAACACGACCAGCGUCAAAGCCGCCACGGUGGACUGGACCACCGGCCGAUGCAUCAACCCCGUGCGCAACCAAGGCCAGUGCGGGUCGUGCUGGGCCUUCUCGUCCGUGGCGCGGGGUGCAACGGCGGGUGGCCGUACGCCGCCUUGA